AAUGGCUAAACGUGAGAAAUUUUCACGUCAAAAGACUAUUAACGAAGAUGACGAUAUUACUUACAUUAACGAGCGUAAUAGAAGAUUCAAUGAGAAAAUUGGUAGAUUUUAUGAUAAGUACACUCGCGAAAUCAAAGAAAACUUUGAACGUG